UACUGUAAGGGGCGAGAUCUGCUGUCUGCUGAGCAGAGCGCAACCGCGAAUUGCGCACGAUGGCCGGACGCACGGUGGAGGGAGCUGCCGGGAGCGGCGAGACGGUGUGCGUGACCGGCGCCGGCGGGUACAUCGCCUCGUGGCUCGUCAAGCUCCUCCUCUCUCGCGGCUACACCGUCCACGGCACCGUCCGCGACCUCAGUGACAAGAAGACUGCACAUCUAAAGCGGUUAGAGAAUGCUUCUGAAAGCCUCAAGCUUUUCAAGGCUGAUCUCCUUGACUAUGAUGCUAUGGCAGCUGCAAUCGCAGGAUGCCAGGGAGUUUUUCAUGUUGCCACUCCAGUUCCUUCAGUGACAAUGACCGAUCCAGAGCUUUCUGUUAUAUGUAUUUGUCACACUUUGUGCUCUAAUGCCAUGUUGUGCACAACUUUUCAGCGAGAAAUGUUGGAUCCUGCUGUUAGUGGAACCACAAAUGUACUCAAGGCUGCCUCGGCUGCGAAUGUUCAUCGAGUUGUUGUUGUUUCAUCCAUGGUGGCUGUUGAAAUCAAUCCGAAAGAUUGGCCCAAAGACAAGAUCAAAGAUGAAAGUUGCUGGUCAGACAAAGAAUUAUGUAGGGAUAAUGAGAACUGGUAUUCUGUUGCCAAGAUCACAUCAGAAGAGGUUGCACUUGAAUAUGGGAAGCAAACCGGGCUGGAUGUUGUAACUGUCAACCCAGCUCUGGUCUUUGGUCCCCUGCUGCAGCCAACGCUCAACACAAGCUGUCAGUUCCUCGUCUACUUCCUGAAAGGAGGCCCUGAUGAAACGAGGAACAAGCUUUGGCACAUCGUUGACGUUCGUGACACCGCCGACGCUCUGCUGCUGGUCUACGAGGAACCUGAAGCCUCCGGUAGGCACAUUUGUGCACCUCAUGUCAUCAGUGCACGUGACCUGCUGGACUUGCUGAAGAACAUGUACACCGAGUACACUUUCAUGAACAAGGAGAGCAUCUGUGACAUGGAUCACUCGGCUCCGAUGACGUCCGACAAGCUGAGGCAGCUAGGGUGGAGCUACCGAUCGCUGGAGGAGACGAUAGCGGACACCGUCGAGUUCUUCAAGCAGGCUGGGUUUCUUGACGAUGUUGAGGGGGUUCCCUGCCGUUUUCCUCCUGUUUACAACAAAAUCUAGCUUCAGGAAAGGUCCUGGGGUUAGAAGGAUCAUAGGUUCUGCUUCCAUGUUGCAACACAUUCUGCAGCAGAUGAGAUGGAGCUCCGUGGCAUCAAAAUAAGAGCAAAUACCUCCUUUUGUUAUAACUGAUAAAGUUUGCACGUCAUUUUCUGUGGUUAUGUAUUGUCGGAGACUGAACUAAGGUUGCAUUGCGUCGUGUAAAUUCAAUGAGGCAAUGGCUAAAAUAGCUGAAUAUUCUAGUA